ACUGCAGGGGGAUUUAUUGGAAUAAAUAUUGGGACUGACAUCUCAAAUCUACCAUCUGCUACUGAUAUUGUUGCAAUCCUCAAAGCUCGUCAAAUAACUAACGUACGCCUUUUUGAUGCUGAUGCCCACUUGCUCAAUGCUCUCUCAAACACUGGCAUUGAAGUCAUGGUUAGCGUUACAAAUGAGGAAGUCUUGGGUAUCGGAGAAUCCCCUUCAGCAGCUGCAGCCUGGAUUAAUAAAAACGUUGCAGCGUAUGUCCCCUCAACCAAUAUUACAUCGAUUUCUGUAGGCAGCGAAGUUCUCAAUUCAAUCCCAAAUGCUGCACCAAUUUUAGUCCCCGCAAUGAAUUACCUCCAUAAAGCCUUAGUUUCUUCAGAUCUAAACCAUCGAGUUAAAGUUUCGACUCCAAUGUCAAUGGGAAUAAUUCCGAGGCCUUUUCCCCCUUCUACUGCCUCUUUUAAUACAACAUGGAACUCUACAAUUUUUCAGAUUCUUCAGUUCAUUCAAAACACAAAUUCGUUUUACAUGUUAAAUGCUUAUCCAUAUUAUGAAUAUGUUAAGAGCAACGGCAUCUUUCCAAUGGAUUAUGCUCUUUUUCGACCACUCUCUUCAGUCAAACAAAUUGUUGAUCCAAACACCCUUUUUUGCUAUAACAGUAUGUUUGAGGCUUUGGUCGAUGCUACCUACAGUGCUAUCAAAGCUCUUAACUUCACUGGAAUCCCUAUUGUCGUGACUGAAACUGGGUGGCCAUGGUUUGGUGGUGUUAACGAACCCGAUGCUACCUUAGAAAAUGCUAAGACAUUUAACGAAAAUUUGAUUCAACGUGUUUUCAAUGAUUCCGGUCCACCUAGUCAGCCCACCAUUCCUGUGAAUACAUACAUUUAUGAGCUGUUCAAUGAAGACAAGAGACCGGGCCCUGUCUCCGAAAAAAACUGGGGCGUCUUGUUUGCUAAUGGAACUGCUGUAUAUCCUCUUAGUUUGAGUAAUUCAGAUCGUGUCAAUGCAGAUUCUUCAACAGUGUUUUGUAUAGCGAAACCAGGUGCAGAUGAAAAUAAGCUGCAGAAUGGACUUGACUGGGCUUGCGGACCAGGCCAGGCGAAUUGUAAAGCAAUUCAACAAGGGCAGCCUUGUUAUUUCCCAGAUACUUUGCAAAGUCAUGCAUCUUAUGCUUACAAUGAUUAUUAUCAGAAAAUGCAUAGCUCUGGUGGAACGUGCGACUUUGAUGGGACAGCAACCACAACAACAAAUGAUCCUAGUAAGUUUAUGAUACUUUGUCGUUAAGGAUAUAUUUGAUAUACAAUAUUAGAUAGGAUUAAAGAGUAGAACGGAUAAGAUUAUAAUUUCUUUUCCUUUCUUUAUAUUGUCAAGUAUUAUGCAAUCUAAUUUACUAGACAUACCGACAAGUGAAUAGAUGGUUCGUAGAGCUAGAUAAGGCUUGACAAUAUUUAGUAACAGUAAGAUUCUAAAAUCUCGCCCCUCAUGGGGUGGUCGAGUUGGUGGAGUAGGUGAGGGCGUAAGUCUUUGGUCAAUAGUUCGAUUUCUCCUACUAACACUUUCUCGGUCGAGUUUGUCGCACUGGACUUGCCUAAUGCGGUUUAUUUGGUUGACGUGGUUUGCAGGCUAUUGCGUCAGUUUGAAAGUUUACUCAGUACGCACCCGAAAGGUAGCGACUGCGGGUUCCCCCGUCACAAAAAAAAAAAAAAA